AUUCAUUACGCAAGUGGGUUAAGCUUAAACUUUCAUAAUAAAUUCUUAAUACUAAAACAAUUAUACAAAGGCAAGAUAUACCGCGAUUUAGACGGUCAUGGCCCAUCGAAAUGAGCAAUCUAUUUGACUGUCAUUGUUUAGUAUCGAGAUUUGGUGCUACAAAAAUUAAUAACAACAUAAAAUGAUAAACAACGAAGUUUUUUUUGGUCCUGUAGGUCACCUCUUAUAUUUUGAGGUAAUUUUUUUUAACAGAGAUCGUUUUGGCGUCUUUUUAAUCAGUCGUCUAUUUGAACGGCCCAAAUGUCAUAAUGAUUCAAUAAAAAAAACUAUGCAAUUGAAUGGCUCUAUUCAAUUAAAUAGAUAUCUGACCAAUUGAACGGCUAUUUUAACAAGUUGACUGCGAAAUAUGUAGUACUAAAACUUUUUAUAUCUUUCAGAAAUUUGUUUUUUCGGACAAUCUACUUGUUGCUAGCAGAUAUAACUCCUAUAUUUGUACUUGAAGGAGAUGCACCAGAGUUGAAGAGAGAUGUUAUGGCUGUCAGGAAUGCUAUUCAAUUCAGAGGGGCAGCUCCAAGACCUGAAUCCGUUAUUUCAAAACAACCAGAUGUUGGAAGGAAAAGAUUUAGAAAUGUUCUAAUUGAAGUUUGUAUUUGUUAUAUAACAUCAUUUAAUUAUUUCAUUUUUAUAUUAGGGAAAACUAAUGUUCACCACACACAAGUCUCAUCAGUUUUUGUUUAAAUUGUUAAAUGACAUAUUGUUGGAUGUUCAACAAUAAUAUAGUAGACAUAUUUUACUUUCACUGCUUGUAUUGAUAUUUCUUUUUGUUUCUGUUAAAAAUAUGUAGAUUAUACAACGGUUCUUUUAGUGUGAGAAUCUUCUCAAAUCCAUGGGAGUAAGAUGCAUCAAAGGAAGAGGUGAAGCAGAAGCAACAUGCGCUCAACUGAAUGCUCAAGGUCUGGUGGAUGCUGUGAUAUCACAGGAUUCGGAUUGCUUCGCUUACGGCGCUCGUCGUGUUUACCGGAACUUUAGCGUUUCGAACGCAGCGGGCGGCGGCGCCAUGCAAGGGUCUGUUGACUGCUAUGACGCCCAACAAAUGUUCGCGGCAAUUGGAUUUGGUCGGAACAAAAUGGUCGCUCUAGCGAUGCUUUGCGGCUGUGAUUAUGGUGUAGGAGCGUGCGGCAGUUCAAUCAACACUGUCGUUUCUUUUUUGCAUACGAUAUCUGAUAAUGAAAUAAUACCAAGGUUGAUAUCUUGGGUCAGUGAUACGCAACGGUAUGAAGAGUUGGCACGUUGGUGUAACGCGCCCGGUCGAUGCGACCGCUGCGGUCAUGUCGGUAGGACGCACGUCAGAAAUGGUUGCCCAGUGUGUGCCACACAUAAGGGGUGUAAUGAUUUGGGACACAAGUUGGUAUUUUAAUUAGUUAAAUUAAUUUGAACUAUGAUUUUAGAAAUGAUGUAUACGAUUAGUUUUAUUUAUUUAAACCAUCAUCAGCCUUUUACGUUACCAUUGCAGGAGCUCAGCAGCCAAUUCUAAUGUGUACGUUAUAAUCGCAUUUCAAUAAUCUCAACUACUUGUAUUUUACCAUUGUAUUAUCUAUCUAAAGUCCAAUAUGAUUAGUGCAUGUCUUCCUCACAUAUUAAUGGUGACAGAUAUAUAAUAAUACUAGCCUUCCGCCAGCGGCUUCGCCCGCGUGAUCUAGUUUUUAGUUCAGAAAUGAGAAAAUUUCAUAAAAAUUUUCAUCCCCAAAUUUACACAUUAGGGGUUGAAUUUCAUAAAAUCUUAGUGAGCACCUACGUCCUAAAACGAACCUGCAUGCAAAAUUUGAAACACCUAGCACUUGUAGUUUCUGAGAUUUCGUGAUGAGUGAGUGACCUUUUGCUUUUAUAUAUAUAGAUUGGAUUUCAGCUUCGGACAGUACAACGUCAAAAUGCAAGUAGUUGAGAUUUCUUUGAGAUGCGAGUAUUACGUAAACAUUGGCCUGCAGGCCUUGCUUAUGGAUGGUUAAGGAUGAUGGGUCUUGACCAUCUACGCUGGCUCUACUCAGGUGGGACCAACGGCUUUACGUGCCUCCCGAAGUACGGAGUAGCUCGAGAUAAUAAUUUUUUGGUCACCCAUCCCGUGACCGACACUUGCGAAGUGGCUUAACAAAAAUGAUCGCGGGCCGCGGCGCUUAUCCACUACGUCACUCAGC